GCGGGGCGCCCCUCUCAUCUCAUUUACCGGCUUAGACAAGAUCUCUCUGUCAGAAACACUCACACACACACUCACCCACCAAAGUCAGCCCUCUGAAAUAUUUACUAGCCUCAUGUGGGGAAAUCUCUGAGGAUUAUCCCCAAUAACCUGUUUAACUUAAUCCUUAUCUCACACACAUGAAUAAUAAAUCCCCCCCACCCCCCCACACACACUCUCCGUCUCUUCCCCCUCUCUCCCUGAGAAGGACUGAGAAGUAACGCCUCUCUCACCUUACUCUCCAUCACCCUCCCUCCCUUCCUCUCUCUCACACACUCACUCCAUCUGCUUCAUGAACAUGAGCCGGCUGCUUUCUCUGCCUCUCCGAGCGUCUUUGAGCUGUUUUGACACACGCGCUCCCUCUCUGCCUCUCUGCCUCUUUUCUGUUCUCCGUCUUUCCACCAAUCCCCACACCUCUCCAUACCUUUGUCUCUCUCUGUUUUCCCCACCAGGACAGGAAAAGGAGUGGUAGCAGGGAGCACCAGCAAAAAAAAAAAAAAAAAAAAGAAAAAGAAAAGCUGACAACAAUAACAGGAAGAGGAAGUGGGCAGUGACCUGUGUGAGAGAGGGCUGCGGUUGCACAGCUGCGGUUCAACACUUUUGACCACUGGAUGAGAAAACCACAUCAGAGGUGACGGGAAGAAAAAGGAGUGAGACCUGUUGGAGUCUCACCUGAGGAAAAAAACCUCGACAACCUGAGGAGGAAAAACACGACGACAUUUAGGGUAAAAAAAAGUCCAGAGUUGGAGUGACUGGAGUUUUUUACCUCUUUGAGAAAAAACUACAUAAAGAAAGAGAGUGGUGAGAUUUCCACAACAGAGUAAUAUCUCAGUGAUUAUCUGCUGAGUGAACUCUGUUUUUUAGUCUUAAAUUUGUUUUGGCUCCCUGAGAGUCCGUCAGUCUGUCUUUGGAAAUCCAGCUCUGGGAUACAUCUUCAAUCAAGAGACAUCACCUGAUAACAUCAUCGUCACUGACUCUUUUAUUAUCUGGUUCCACAGUCCAGAAAAGGAUUUGUACAAAAAACCUGGUGGAAAAUCGGGCUGAGAGAGAAAGAGAGAAAUCCCUGCCUGUACAACGACACCUGCUGCUGUCCAGCUGACAGACAGGAGAGAGCGUAAGGGUGAAGAAGAAGGCACAGUUGAAUCAGGAGGUGGUUUUACCCUCUGCUGAGCUUACGACCACCAACCAGCCACUAAUUUCUACCACAGCCUGACAAAUUAGUACAGUCUGACUGAGGAGGACCUUGAAGGAUUUGAGCUUCAUUUUGGGUCAAAACAAAGGUCUGAUCACCAGUUACGGCUCUACUUGGGUCGGACUCUUCAUCUCUGUGAUGAUGACUUGGCUCCAGCUGUGGACCACGGGGCUCAUGGCCUUCUCCGUCUCUCUCGUCGUUGCUGAAGACUCUGGCCUUCCCGCGGUGGAAGCGGAGAAACGAGGCCCUGUUGAGAUUGUGAAGAAGGAGUCCCAUCCUGUCCUGAUCAGGCAGAAGAGAGACUGGAUCUGGAACUCUCUCUAUGUGGAAGAAGAAAAACCUGCUCCCAUACCCUACAAGAUAGGACAACUGAAGUCGAACAAGGCGGUGGGGGUGAAAAAGUUUACAAUAGAAGGUGAAGGAGCGAACUCCAUCUUCACAGUGGAUGAAAAGGGAGACCUGUUUGUCACCAGGGCUCUGGACAGAGAACACAAGCAUUUGUACAACCUGACUGCCAGAAUGUAUGAUGGGAACAACAAGCUGAUAGAGGAUUCUGGGCACUUUGUCGUCCAGGUGACGGAUAUCAAUGACAACAGCCCCGUUUUCCCCAGAACAUUCAAUGGAUCCAUUUCGGAGAGGUCGUCAAUAGGAACUCAAGUAGUGGAGGUGAAGGCGACUGAUGCUGAUGACCCCACCACUGCUAAUGGAGACCUCAAGUAUUCUUUGACCCCGGACGGAGACCUUUCUGCCUUUGAUAUUGAUAAAAACACAGGUAUAAUCAGCUGCAAGAUAAACACUCUGGACCGGGAGACUAAGAGUCAGUAUGUGGUGGUGGUUAAAGCUCAGGACAUGAGAGGAAUGGCCUCUGGCAGCACGGCCACCACCUCUGUCACCAUCACCAUCACAGACAUCAAUGACAACCAAGCUUCUUUCACUCGAAAGAUGUAUGAACUGCAGGUUCCAGAGGACCACAAGGUGAAUGAGAAGAUCGGCACUCUGGAGUUGGAGGACAGAGAUCAGAUCCAUAACAAAGAGCCCAUCUUCAUCAUCCCCAAAGAAAACAACAAGAUGUUCAGUGCUGAGCUCAGCCCUAACAAAGAUGGCAACCUCAUGCUCAGACAUGCUCUGGAUUUCGAGACCACGAGCAGCUACAGUUUCAUCAUUCAAGUGAAAGAAAAGCUGAUACUUCCUGCUGACAACACGAAAAGUGCUGUCACCACAGCCCAGGUAAACAUCAGAGUGUUGGAUGUGGACGAGCCACCAGUCUUCUCCCAGCCCAUCUACACCUUCAAUGUGGUGGAAGAACGGCUCGUGAGCAACAUAGGAACAGUUACAGCCCGGGAUCCUGACAGAGCCAGCAAGAGCAUACGGUACUCCAUCCCAGACAAAGACUGUCCAAUCAGCAUCAACCAGGUGACAGGUCAGCUGUCCACCCUGAGGACACUGGACAGAGAGCUGGAGGCCACACACAUGUUUCAAGUUAAGGCACAGGAGGAGCCAAGUGGUUUGGAGUCAUUUGUAAAAGUUAAUAUUGUAGUUCAGGACAUUAACGACAACAAGCCUGAACUGGUUGUGGACGAGAUCUUCGUCUGUGAGAACGACGUCACUAAAACGGUGAUAGGAACUCUGCGAGCCGCAGACAAAGACGACCAGCCGGCCUCCUUCAGUUUCAGCCUGGGCAGCGAGAGCUCCAACUUCUCCAUCAAAGACUACGGCAAUAACUCAGCAGACAUCAUGGUGAAACAAGGCCCGUUCAGCCUGGAUGACCCCAAGGAUUACAAGGUGGAUGUGCGCAUCAGUGACGGAGGACGGCCCAUCCAGACCAGCAUUACCACACUGGCAAUCAAGUCGUGUCGCUGUGACGCCAGGCGGAUUCCUACGCAGUGCAAAGCCAGUGCUCGGAGGAUGUCAGUGAGUGUCCACGCCCUGAUCGCCAUUCUGCUCUGCAUCCUGACCAUACUGGUCAUAGUGAUCCUGUUUGUGAUGAGGAAACGCUACCAGAAGGAUUCUCUGGCCAGUAUGAAGAACAGCGGGGAAAUCCACGAGCAGCUGGUCACUUACGACGAGGAGGGAGGAGGAGAGAUGGACACUAACGGCUACGAUGUCUCAAUCCUCACCUCUGCCUGCCACGACGGCUCCCUGCUUCGCCACCCGGACCGCCACCCCCACCCCUCUCUCUAUGCCAUGGUGCAGAAAGCCCCUCAACCCACUGCAUGUAAGGGCGACAUGGCCGCGAUGAUCGAGGUGAAGAAAGACGAGGCGGACCACGACAGAGACGGCAUCCCGUACGACACCCUCCACAUCUAUGGCUACGAGGGACCCGAGUCUUUAGCCGGAAGCCUCAGCUCUCUGGACAGUUCCUCCACUGCUUCGAACUUGGAUUACGACUUCCUGAACGACUGGGGGCCGAGGUUCAGGACCCUGGCUGAGCUGUACGGAGUGGAUGGACCCGACUACUACCAUCAGUACUGAUGGAGAGCGUCUGCUAAGAAGAAUACAUGAUGCCAAAACACACACACACACACACACACACACACACACACACACGUGUAAAACAGCCAUAAGAAUACAUCCGCACAUUGCCAAAAGCACGCACUACAUACACACAGUCACACACACAUUUUGUUCCUGGACGAGGAGCUUCGAUCUAGCAGACAGCCGUGUUCUCCAAAGACUUCUGUAGCUUCUGAAAACAGAAUCAGGGCGCUCACGUCUCCAGUAUAACAUCAACUAACUUUUGUUAUCAAGUGUAAUUCAGUGAAUCCGUUAAGUUUGCUGAGUCUCCUCAGUCUGUCAGUAAAUAGAGCUUCAUCAAACUCCAGGAAACUCCAUCACGUUGAAUCAAGGUUUUUUGGAGAUCUCUCUCUCAUUUGUCUUUUCUUUUCUGGUGACAUGUUGCCCUUUGCCUCCACCGAGGAGACGCUGGAAAGAUUGUUAAAGUUACACCAAGACAUGACGCCACAGGAGAAAGUGACUGAGUGAUUCUCAAGGGGAUUUAUUGUUGGCGACAGCGAGAGUUUUUUCCCGUCACACCGUUGUGAUGUUUGACAUCACAGUCGUUAUCGCAUCAUACCUGCAAAGAUCUGAAAACCCAAACAGAUGAAACUCCACUGCAGGCUUUAGCCAAUCACAGUUCAUUGUGGAUAAUCGAUGGGUUAAUCAGGUCACUGCUGGCCAGUGAUGUUUUUAGUUUUUUCACAUUUGAUUUGUGUCUCAGCUCUCAUAUGCAGCGCCAUUUUUGCAUCCCCUUUUCUUACCCGAGACUUUCAUUUAUUUAUUUCUUUGCACUUAUAUUCAUUUACAUAUACACCUACCAAUUAUUGCUAUCUCCCAGUAUAGACACAUACUAAAUCUGGACAUCUAAACAUUGACACAAUACCUACAUUAAAGACAACAUUAACAAAUAUGCAUAGUCUUGUAUCCUGGCUACUAUUGAAAGCUGUCAUACUUUAGACUCUUCAUCUGGAUAUGAGCUAAUUUAAAUGAUUCUAACAUUAAUCGAAGUUUUCAUUUUGUUUAUUUCCGUCUUACUGGGGAUGCAGAAUGGUGCACGUCAAAGCAACUCACUGUUGAUUUGAAAUUCCUGCCAUACUAUUUUUCUGUUCUCCACAUCCCUUUGUGUAUUGACAGCCUGUCAUCUCCUCGAGCCUCAAGCUUUGAAGAUUUUUUUAAAAUAUAUUUUACAAAAGGGCCACAAACACACGGCGAGAACAAGGUGCUCUUAUUUUUGAUCUGAGGUAGAUGAGUUGAUUUGUAAAUAUGAUCGUCUGAGGGGUCCAUUGUUUGAGGUGAAAAACUUUGAGCAGCCACAAGCGUUUUAACUGAAAAUAGUUUGAAGUGUUUGAUCACAGCGAGAUGCCAGGCGUGUUUUCUUCAUGUGAAAUACUAAAAAGGAAAGUUCAACUCUGAAAAACCUACACCUCUGGACAUCACAUCAGUCCACAGGGUUAUUUUGUGAUAUACAGUAUAGUUACUGAUCUGCAACAUUUCCUGACAUGACGCCAGUUGUUUGGCCAGUUGUCAACAGAGUUAAAAAGUUCAGAUAAAACUCUUCAAAAGUUCCUAAUAUUUAGCAUUGUUACACUUUUUUUCAAAGUGAGUCCCUUUUUGUGUUUUCUGAAACCGGCCGUCUGAUAUGAACAAGGAGUCAUUUUCUAAAUGAGUCACUUUGUCCAUUUUCCCCAAUUAUCUUCUGCUCUGAGAAGAGGAAGAACAAUGGAGCGACAACAGACAGAAGGGAAAUGGCAGUGCUGCAGCUCAGACAGAAUUACAGAGCGUUCCAGGUUUUUAUUUGACAGAACCCAUCAUCACAGUUAUUGUUGAGAUGAAAGCCCAAUUCUCAGAGGCCUACUACAACAAAAGUAAUUCAGACAACUCAGGAAACGCCAAGUGGCAAAAGCAGCUAGUUGGGCAGCUGCGAUGGGUCUGAGGUGGCUCGAAUAGCUUUAACCUCUCAUCCUUUUUGGCUACUGUCAGGUCAUGAAGUCUCUGAUACAAAAUUUGACAAUCUCUAGGUCAUUAUUAGCACAUUUUAAGUCUGAUUCUGAAACAAAAUCAAUGGAGUUGGGAGCCUUUUUCAGACUUGGACCUAUUUAUAAUCUGUAGUUUGUGCUAUUUAACAAUAAGGAAAUCUUACAAAGCUCUAUGAUGCUUCAUAUUGGACGGAUUUGUUGAAGGGUUUGCAUUUUCUAAAUCAAUAUGGGAAGGUUAUUUGUUUCAGUUGAUAUUAGGCUACAGUUUCUCUACCUUUUUUAGAUUAGCAUUGUUAAACAAGUUUCCUUCUAAAUCAGUGAAUUGUCAUCAGUAUAUUGUCUGACUUUCCAAAACCUAAAGAUAUUCAAUUUAUAUGGAUAUAAAACAGAAGAAAAGCAGCAAAAACUCACAUUUAAGAAGCAGGAACCAGCAAAAUGUUUGUAAUUUUUGCUUGACCUUGAUUCAGUGAUGAUAAAUCACAUAUCAAAAUAGUUGCCAAUCAUUUUUUUUGUUGAUUGACGAAUAGAUCGACGAAUUGUUUCAACUCUAUCCCUUACAGAGAUCAUUUUCAGAAAUCAUUAUGGUUGUCGUUAGCAACCUUUGCUUGGUGUAUCAUGCGGAAGAUCUAUUUGCUCUUUAGUAGCUCUUUAUGUCAUCAGGAACAACCACUCCCAGGCACCGUUUGAUCCCUCGCCCUCUGGGAGGACGGCAUCCAGCCAGGAACCAUUUAUCAAUGACUCACUUACAUUUAAACAACAAUUACAGACAUUUGAGCUCAUUGUAUUAAUGUGGGGUCUGGGGAUAAAUUAUGGCUUCUGCUCUUACACAGAAAGCCAUUUAUAGAAGGGAAAAGGUCACUUCAUUGUGAAAGUGACAACCUAAAAGUCAGUUUGCAUGAUUGUAAAAAAUGAAGACACUCCAGUUUACGUAACAAUAUUUAAAUGUAUUCCAAUGUCGCAUACAACUCUGCUGAAAACACAGUCACAAAGCUUCAUGUCCUGAGGACAGUUCCUUUGUCCUUUUAAAAUGUAAUUUAAUUUCAGCGAAGACAGUUUAGUUUAUUUAUUCUCCUGUUUAUUCUGUUUUGUUUGGACUUGAACUUUUUUCUUUAAAACUCGUUUGGAAUGCCGUCUGAUAAACGCUGGAUACAAUAGCUGGAAGCCCUCUCAAUGCUUUCCUGUUGGGUUCACAUAUAUACUCAGAGCAGCCUGUUCCUCCACCUUUCUGUCUUUCUGUCGUUCUCCUGCUAUCCUUGUUUGCCUUACCGAACCCCCCCCCCAUACACACACACACACACACACAUACACACACACACACACACACACACACACACACACACACACACACACACACACACACACACACACUGUCUUUCUCGCUAAGCCUUCUAAUCAGCUAAACCAAACAGUGAACUCAACUUCCUGUCCAUCUGGGGGGGUUGUGCCCGCCCCUUCCUAUCUAUGUUAUCUCUCUCGUGAGCUAAAGCAUUGUGCUCACUUCCUGUUAGCCCGGCCUGGGAAACAACCUUGGAGAGGAAAAGGGAGCGAGGCGAAAAAGGAGAAACAUAGGAUGAGGGGUUAAGAUGACAGAAAGAUGAAGAGAACAAUGUAGAGCAGUGAUGAGUUUUCCAGCUGUGCAGAAACACUUCAGAGCGAAGAUGUGUGUGAUGAAACACCGACACAUAUCACACAUGCAAGUGGUGUUAGCAUCUUGUUAGCCUGGCAUCUUUAUCAAGCACCAUCCAUUAAUCCUUUUUCAGCAUACUCACAGCUGAGUCUUGAAAUUUACCAAAAAAAAAAAAAAAGUGGCAGAAAAAGUCAUUCAUUAUUUUAAGUUCAAAAAACUUUUCGCCUGUUAAUGCUUUUAUGUUGUCGUCAUUUUUUACAUUUUAUACAUUUGCACUGAUGAUUUCGUAUUAAGUCUUGUGACAGCUCUUAUUCCUGCUGAAGACAUUUCCAAAAUAUAAAUGAUUUUUUUGUGAUUUUAAAAGCCAUGCGUCCAUUCAUUGAACAAACAAUGGUUUACGUCGAUGGCGGCCAUCUUUGUUUGAGUCAAAGAAUAGAGCCUCACCUUGAGAGCAGUUAAAAUUUUGCUUCAUUGUACAGUGGAGGAAAUACUUUUUGUCCUGUCGUUUCAGACCUGUGGCUCUCUCUAGGAAACAGUAGCCCAUUAAAGUUGUUUUUUUUUGUAUUUGUACAUUAUCACCAUUAUAGUGAUUAUGAUUUUUAUUUUUAAAAAUGGGGAUGUGAAAGAGAAAAAAAAUUGUUGUGUGCUCCAUUAUCCUCUCUCCUUGCGAUUAAGUUUCAGGUGUAGUUAGGGUGAGAAAGUCUUAGACAGAUGAGUCAUUUACCAACAAUUUCCCCCACCAGUGUUUUCCACUUUGUUUUAAUAUACAUUUCCACAUCUUAAAAAAAAAUCAUUAAAUACAUCAAUCAUUAAACACAAAGACGAAGAUUUAAUGUCAUUCCUAUUAAAAAGUGUCACAUUAGUUUUUUAUUGUGUGUGCUGGCAACAUAAUGACCUGGACAUAAAACACAUUCAUUUCAGGCUGCCAUUUUAAUUUAGUAAUUUCUAGUCAUUCAUCGUCUUAUUUGCUUCUCCACAGUGACUCAUCAGAUAUCACAAAACAUUAUUAAAUCCAUGUAUUGCCAAACACUUUGGGAUUAUCUCCACCGUGUAACAGUGAUACCAUUUUGUCAAGUUGAGUUAUUUAAUUUCUUAGAGAGUGCCAUAUUUUUAAUUAAUUUUGAUUUGUUGGCCAUCAGUUGUUGUCGUGUGAGAGCAUUUGUCUCCUCUAUAAAGUUCAGAGUAAAAAUUAAUCGCUCAGGUUGGGAUACAGGCACAAAUAGUUGUUCACCUCUAUGUCAACAAACAAAACACUGCACAUCUAUCAAUAUACUGGUUAAAAAAACAGAUCUUUUAACGAUUUAACUGUAAUUUCACCUGUGUAUCCCAUGUGUUAUUGAGGGAGUGUGUGAAAUGUAUAUAGAAGAAAAAAUGUGCCUAAUAAUGUUUUUUCUCUGGCCUCAUCUUGUUUAUUAUUAUUAUUAUUAUUAUGAUGAUUAUUAUUAUUAUUAUUUUUGCCUCAGUUACUGUAUUUAGAACACGUAAAAAAUAAAAAUAGGUUCAUUUUCUACAAGUGAAAAAGAGCAGUGUGUGACGGACAAAUGACUGCCCACGUGAAUAUAUGAUUUUCUGUUUAUGUGUCCGUGUGUGUGUGUGUGUGUGUGUGUGAGUUUGUGUGUGUGCCUGCGAUUGUACCCAUGUACAUACACACAAACAGUAAAAAAUAGCAACCACAUAGAUAUACAUUUUUUCUUGUGUAAAUACAGUAAAGGUCUUCAAGGGAGCAACAUGUGCCUUUAUUCUUUAAAAAAAAAAAUACUGUAAUUCAUUUUUUGAUGGUGAACACAAUGUUUUCUAUAUUGUUUUUAUGGUGUAUAGCAACUACUUUUUAUUACCUGACAUUUUUGUAAGUGUAGAAUAAAAAUAAACACUCAAAUAUG